AUCUCAGCAUGAUUUUCUCACUCGCACAUCACAGGUAGUGUCUCUUUCGCACGGAAGUUUUUUCUAAAUUUUCUCGCAUUUUCCGCGAAAUUAAAAGUCGAAGCCACGUCGAUUGCAUUUCGUGGAAAAUUGACCACAUUUCGUUGGUUACAGCAGCAAAUAUCGUAAAAAGAUAGCAAUUUGUACAGCACUUACAAUAUUUGCUGUUGCAAGGAGCGAUUUCAAUUUCUGACACUUUCAGAACGUAAAAAUUCUGUUAUUGUUGUUUUCUCUAAAUUUUCAAGUUUUUCACAUUUUCCGGUAACGCUUUUGGUGUGAAAAGAAAGCGUGGAAACUGUUCGCGGGAAUUAGUGUGAAAAAUUAUUAGUCAAUUAUCGAAUAAAGUAGAAUAGGAUGUUUUGUUGAUUGUUGAUGAUGAGAACGAACCAAAAUGGGAGCAAAUAUCUCUCAGCUUGAACGUGAUAUUGGAUCUGAUCAGUUUCCACCGAAUGAGCACUAUUUUGGAUUAGUUAACUUUGGUAACACAUGCUACAGCAAUUCCGUGCUUCAGGCACUGUAUUUCUGCCGUCCAUUCCGGGAGAAGGUGCUGGAGUACAAGGCAAAGAAUAAGCGAACAAAAGAGACACUGCUUUCCUGCCUAGCGGAUCUCUUCUAUAGCAUUGCCACCCAGAAGAAGAAAGUGGGUUCGAUUGCACCUAAGAAGUUCAUUGCACGCCUUCGGAAGGAGAAAGAGGAGUUUGACAAUUAUAUGCAACAGGAUGCUCAUGAGUUCCUUAAUUUCCUCAUUAAUCACAUCAAUGAAAUUAUCCUAGCGGAGCGAAAUCAACAUACCAAAGGCAAGGGGGGAGGGAAUACAGAAUCCCCGCCGGAACCAACGUGGGUCCAUGAAAUAUUCCAGGGAAUCCUCACAAGUGAAACGAGGUGCCUCAACUGCGAGACAGUGAGCAGCAAGGAUGAGAACUUCUUUGAUCUGCAGGUGGAUGUGGACCAGAAUACGAGCAUUACGCACUGCCUCAAGUGCUUCAGUAACACUGAAACACUGUGCAGUGAUAAUAAAUUCAAGUGCGAUAAUUGCUGUAGCUACCAGGAAGCUCAGAAGAGGAUGCGCGUGAAGAAGCUGCCGAUGAUCUUGGCGCUGCAUCUAAAACGGUUCAAAUACAUGGAGCAAUACAAUAGACACAUCAAAGUAUCCCAUCGGGUGGUCUUCCCACUCGAAUUGAGACUAUUUAAUACGUCCGAUGAUGCCCUCAAUCCUGAUAGGCUAUACGACUUGAUGGCCGUUGUCAUUCACUGUGGGUCUGGACCAAAUCGUGGUCAUUACAUUUCCAUUGUCAAAAGCCACGGCUUCUGGCUUCUUUUUGACGACGACAUGGUCGAUAAAAUUGAGGCAUGCACCAUUGAAGAUUUCUACGGAUUGCCGACUUCUGAUAUCCAGAAAUCCUCCGAGACUGGCUACAUUCUUUUUUACCAGUCACGAGACUGCCUCUGAGGAAGCACCAUCUCUCCUAUAAGAAUAUCCACACACGCCCACUAUCUCUAAUAUUUAUUGCAAAAUAUCCCCUAAUUUAUUGUCUUCUCACGCGCGUUUAGAUGGUGAUUCUUUUCUGUUAAUGAGGAUGCAUUUUGUAGAGUGGAAAAUAAGCCUGUUAUUAGACAUGUUUGUAAAAUUAUGUUAACGAGGAAAAGUGAGAAAAAUGCAGCAAUUAAAAUACAUUUUAGCCAUAUAUAA